AUGCAGCCAAGUCUGUUCUCAGCGUCGCCGAUCGAAGCUGCGUUCGCGCGGCAGAACGCGCGCAUUGCUGCCCGUUCAGUCGCGGGUGAAGGUGGCGAAGGAGCUGGUGGUGAUUGCGUCGGUGGUCAUCCCAGAAAGCGCAAGCUUCAGCAGGUUGUCACAAUCUCGGAUCGAGUUCGGGUGAUGCGGUGGAUGAUUAAUGAUGCCCUGGAAAAUGGUGAGAAGGGUGUCAAUGUGAGAACCAUUGCCAAGUUUCCUGCUCAAUUUCGCGGCGAGUACAAAAAGUCGGUUUCUGGCCUCGGAAAUUCGACCCGUAAGGUCGCCGUUCUCAAGGCAGUCUCUGGGCGUGGACCCAAGACCGCUCCAUGGGUUUUGCAGACACAUGAUGACCUCUACUUGGAGUUCCGCCGCCUGAAGGCACUGGGUGUCAAGUUCUCCGCUUCCCUCCUGCGGCUUAUUGCCAAAGAUGUCAUACGACAGAGCGAUUUGGUGUACAACAGCGCUUACAUUGAUCAGAUGGACCAGAAGCCAAUCAUGGAAAAAAUCACCCCUCGCUGGAUCCAGUUGUUCAUGGAGCGCUACAACAUCAUGUAUCGCAGCCAGACGGGGAAGCUGUUGGUCAGCCCGCAGAAGCUUGAUCACAUCGAGCGAUCUGUUGCCUACCACUUCGGGGUGCUUCACCGCGGAUUCGAGAGCGGGCAGUACGAUUAG